AUGCCUGUGUUCCCUUUGCGUGCUGCUCGCAUGCAGGUGCUUGAAAGCAGGGAGAUCCCCGAGGAGGGGGCUACAGAGGCUGAAAGUCCUGUUCUCGUCUCCAGUCUGGUGAGCGCCACUCGAGGUGUGAACCUGGUGGACCUUGCCGGGUCAGAGAGGGUGGCAAAGACGGGCGCGGAAGGGUCGCGGCUGAAGGAGGGGGCGCACAUUAACAAGAGCCUGAUGACUCUGGGGACGGUGAUCAACAAGCUAUCUGAAGGAGCGGAUAGGAACGGAGCGCACAUCCCGUACAGAGACAGCAAGCUGACGCGCAUCCUGCAGCCAGCACUGGGAGGCAACACCAAGACGGCCAUCAUCUGCUGCGCCACUCCUGCUCUGAGGCAUGAAGAUGAAACGCAUGGCACUCUUCGGUUCGCCCUCCGAGCAAAAUGCAUCACCAAUUGUGCCAAGGUCAACGAGAUCGUCACCAACAACGUGCUGCUCAAGCGCCAGGCGAAGGAGAUCGAGGACCUGCGGCGCAAGCUGGAGGCGUCCCACUCGCCUGAGAUGGAGCAGGAGAUCAUGAAACUGCGCAACGCCAUGCUCAAGAUGGAGUCGGAGAAGGAGGUGAUAGCGCUACAGCUGCAGGAGGAGAGGGCGGCGCACUCACAGAAGGAGCAGCGCAUCAAGGAGCAGGAGAGGAAGAUUGAGAACCUCAGCACCCUCGUUAUUAAGGCCGCUGCUGGGGACAGGCAGAACGACAGGCGGCCCAAGAAGGGCAAUCGCAGGGAGUCGUGGUGUCCCAAUGCUCGAGUGGAGAGCAGCCCAGCUGGAAACAAGGAGAACCAGCCUGGGGGGAUCAAGCGCCUGGCAUUCAUGCGCCGUGCCAUGUCCUUUAAAGAGGACGAUGAGGAAGAGGAGGACGAGAAGGACGAGAAAGAUGACAAGGAUGAGAAGCCAGAGAAGGUUCAGGGGGUGAAUGGGGCUGCGAGGAAGAGGCGGAUCAGCAGCGUGCAGAAGCUGGCAGCUCUGUGGGAGACAAGUGGGCCCAAGGAGGUUAAGGAAGAGGAGGAGGAUUCUGAGGGGUUUCAGGACGGCCAGGUGUUUCAAACUGAAGGGCGGUUUGGGUCUGGGGUCGCCCAGGAUGAGAGUGCCCGUGAUGGUUCGAAGAAGAGGCGGGCUGCACCGUGCUUUGGAGAUAAAGAGAAAGAGGAGUCGUCGCCUGUGGCAAAGAAACCUUUGCGUGGUGUGACCAUUAGCAGCACCCUGUCAGCACAAUGGAGCGAAGGGCAUGCAAAGCAGCUAGCAGAGAAGGACGCGCUUAUAGCCCAGCUGCAAGGACAGGUAGCCACCCUGCAGACCAAGGCGGACGGAGGAGCAAGCACAGGAAGAAGCGCAGAAGGCGGAGUGGCGGUUACAAACUCAGAAGAUGGAGCUGGCCGUGGUGCAGGGACGAGGGGGGAGGAGAAGGAUCAGGAGGAGUUGGCUGCAGGGGCGGGCCAGGAGAGACGGUCAAAGAGCAUGGGCACCCCCGCUAUGCUGGCGCACGGGCUUCAGGCUAAGGUGGCGGCUCUGGAGAUGGAGAAGGCGUGCAUGCAGAGGGAGCUGGACUACGUGACACAGCAGGCCAAGUCACAGGCGAGGGAGCAGGCGGAGGAGCAGGCGAGCAGCAUACAGAAGCAACAGCAGCUUCAGGAGGAGCUCGAGGAUUGCAAACGGCAGUUAGAGGAGGCACAAGCAGCUGCCACGGCAGACGCUCCGCCCUGCGACAACUGCAGCGCACUCAAGGAAGCUCUGGAAUCAGCCAAUUCCCAGCUUUACGAAACGGAGCAUUUGCUACAGGAAGCCACCGCUGAAGCAGCUCAAGCAAGAUCCGGGCCAGCAGGAGCAGCGGGACAGCUGCUGGCGAAGCAGAGGGAGCUGGAGGGGGCUGUGUGGGAGGCGUCUCAGCUUAAGAGGCGCGUGGAGGAGCUAGAAGCGAAUGUGAUUGCAGUGGAGGGAGUGUUGCUGGAGGUGAGCGGGGAGAAGGACAGCUUGGAGGAGGAGGUGGGCCAGUUGAAAGCACUGCUGGCGGAAGGGAGGGCUGGGGAAGGUGGGGAUGAUGCGACUGGGAAGGAAUGUGAUGUGAGGGGACUGGAGGAGAUGGAGAGGUUGAGGGAGGUGGUGGAGCAGAGGGAGAGGGAGCUGACGUCCACCCAUGACGCUGUGAGGAGGCUUCAUGUGGAUGUUUCCCAGGCUCUAGGGGAGAGCCUACCUGCUCCUGCCUCUACUCCUUCCAGCAAUGGCAGCAGUCUAGCUGGGAGGGCAGUGGUGGGCGAGAUGAGGGACCUGUGCGUGGCUGUUGCGCGGGUGAUCUCGGCCUUAGACACUGCCAGGAGUGAGACUGAGGAGUUAAAUCUGCAGCUGAAGCAGGCGGGGGAGAGGGAGGCGGAGAGCGAGAGGAAGCUAGCAGAGGCUGCAGCUGCAGCUGAGAGCGCCAGGCAGCUGGCCCAGGUUCAGUCGCAGGGGAAGGGAGGAGAGGAGGAGGCAGCAGUGGUAACCAGGCUGCAAGCGGAGCUGGAGGAAGCAGGGAGGGAGUUAGAAAGAGCGGUGGCUGCUCGGGAUACGAUAGAGCUGAACCUGCUGACUGCUAGGCGGGAGGCAGAUGCGAGGGCUGCAGAGAGUGCGAGGCAGGUGGGGGUGCUAGAGGAGAAGGUGAGGGUGCUGGAAAGGGAGGUUGAGCAGGAGAGGGAGGAGAGGAGGACGUGGGAGGAGCGGGCGGGGGAGAGAGAGGGGGAGGUGCGGAGGGCGGUGGGGGAGACAAGGGAGGCGGAGGGGAGGCUGGAGGGAGUGAGAAGGGAGGUGGAGGAGAUAAGUGCGAGGGUGGUGGAGAAAGAGAGGGAGCUGGCUGCUGUACAGGAGGAACUCAAGGUGGUGCUGAAAGAAAAGGACGCAGCAAGCCAGAGGGCUGACCAAGUGGCAGCAGAGCUGAAGGCGGCAAGGGCCUCAGCGACCGAGGCUCAGCUGCAGCUCGAGGCGUGUAGGCAGCAGCAUGCGGAAGAGCUGGCUGAAGCACGCAAGGAGCUUCUCGCUACCAAGAAGGAGAUGAGCUCCCUCAAGGGCAAGCCAGGGGCGGCCGAGCGUGAGCGGGACCAGCUGAGGAAAGAAGCAGAGAAGCGGAAAACCAAGAUGCUGGACCUAGAGGCGAAGCUGAAGGCAGUACAAGCGGAGAAGCUGGGUCUGCAGGUGGAUAAGGCAAACCUGGAGCGUGAGGUGAAGAGCCUGCGGAACCAGAGCAACCAGCUGGCGCGGGAUUUGAGCAAGAGGGAGCAGGUGGAGGAUAAGCGGAGGGAGGUGCAGGCGAAGGCUGUGCAGGCGGACCGGCAGCUGGCGGCAAUGGCGGCAGAGAUUGAAGAGAAGGACAGGGCGAUUGUGGACCUUCAGGCAGCGUUGGAGGCGGCAGAGGGCGAGAGGGACGAGCUGAGGCUGAGGGUGGCGGCAGCGGCGGAGGAGGGCGAGCAGCUGCAGGCAGAGGUGGAGGCGGGGCAGGCGGACCUGCAGGAGGUGCUUGCAGACUUUGAGACGGCCACCACGCAGAUCAAGGCUCUGCAGGAGAUUCGGCAGGAGCUGACGGAGCAGUGUGAGGAACUGGAGAAGGGCAAGGCAGAGGCAGAAGCUGCUGGGAAGGAGGCAGAGGGAAAGAUCGUGGUGCUGCAGGCGAGGAUCCAGCAGGCAGAGGAGGAGAAGCUGCAGCUGGAGGCAGACAUCGCUGCAGCAAGGAAGGAGCACUCUGAGCUAUCCGCACAGCACAAGGCGGCUCUGCAAGAAUUGGAGAAGGAGAAGGCGAGAGCGGCUGGUCUGGAGGGCGAUCUCAGAGCAGAGAGAGCAAAGAGCGAGCGGCUUGGAAAGCAGGCGGACGAGGUGGUGACGAUGGAGAGCAGGCUGAACACAGCGAAUGAGAGGAUUGCAGGGCUGCAGAGGCACGUGCAUGGCUUUCCUUCCCUCCCUCACCCUCUCCGUUUCCACCACAAACCACAGGCGGACGAGGUGGUGGCGAUGGAGAGGCAGCUGAACGCAGCAAAUGAGAGGAUAGCAGGGCUGCAGAGGCAGGUGCAGGAGCGGGAGGAGCAGGUGGAGCAUCUGAAGCAGGAGAGGAGGGAGGCGGAGGAGGAGGCGCGAGCAGAGGGGGAAGGAGCUGCCCUGGCUGUGAAGCGGGAGCUGGCCUCGCUGCAGAACAAGUACAGCGCUCAGAAGAGUGUGUGGCGCAAGGCCUUUGCAGAGAAGAAGGAACGGGUCGAGAAUCUCACGGGUCGACUGCAGCAGUCCGAGCAGCAGCGGAUGGAGCUGCAGCGGCUGCUGCAGUCACUGCAGGCAGAAGCAGGGAGUGAAGGCGAGGAGGAGGAAGAGGCAGGGAACAGGAGAAGGGGGAGUGGUGGCGAGUGGAGGGGGCGCAAGGAGGUGGUGGCAGUGCUGAUCAGUGCGCAGGACACAAACAGGAAGCUCGUGAAGGACCUGGAGGGCGCCAGGCAGAAGCUGGCAGAGGCAGAGAAGCAGAGGGAUGAGCUGCAGCAGGUGUUGGAUUUGAAGGAGGAGGUGUGGGAGGAGAGGGAGGAGAAGGAGAAGCGCCUGCAGCAGCUGGAGCUGGAUGUGAAGCUGUAUGAGGCGAAUCAGAAGGACUACCUCAUGCAGAUUGAGUCGCUGGAGAAUCAGGUGAGCGAUCUGGGGUUAUUUAGGUGUGGCCUUGUAUCAGGUGAGCGCCUGCAGCAGCUGGAGCUGGAUGUAAAGAUGUAUGAGGCGAAUCAGAAGGACAGCCUCAUGCAGGUUUAG